AUGGCCAAAGACAUCGGAGCGCCCACACCGCAGUCCGAAAACCCAUCGCCAUGGCCCGCCUCCAAACAGGUUUCUGUCAUAUUGCCUGCUGCCUCCACAGAACAACUUCCUACGCCGGAUCAAUCGGAGGGUGUAAUGGUCAACGGUCUACGCAUCGUGGAGGGGAUUCCGCCCGAUGGUCGGGGAAAGCGGUUGACAUGGGAAGAGGUGGACGUUCUGGUGCGGCUGUGCAUGGAACGCACGGUGGAAAAUGAGAUUCAAACUCGGCCAAAGAAAUGGUGGUCGGAAACUUCUGAUCUGUUGUUUGCGCGGACUGGCCGGUCAUAUUCGUGGCAGUCGUGCAAGCGUCGGAUGCAACAAUUGGUGUAUGCUUGUCGGGUGCACAGGGACGGUAUCACGAAUCACCUCGACUACGAAGAUUCCUGUCUACAACGUGAUCUUCGCCAGUUGCCACAUGAUUUGUGCUCGGAGAUGGUCGAGUGGAUGAAUAAAACCACCGUACCAAGCCAGCAGGUUUUGGUGGACAAAACCAAGGCCAUUGACGCGAAGCGGGCGGAGAGAGUACUCGAGAGGCAAAGGGAAGGUGGAGAAAAGCAGCAGGAGAGAGACUACCACAAGCGCAAACAUGACCGGGUUUGGAAGUGGCUCAGCAGUCUGCCUCCCCCGGGGGAAAUGCUAUCCGCUUUGGAUGAUGGUGCCCGCACCGAACGUGGACGGAAUGCAGGAUCUGGGCAACGAGACCGAUCUCGAUCACCCUGUCGUGAGGCAACCAAAUACCGCCAACGCUCUCCACUGAGCCGUCGAGAGCCGCAGCCGACUUCAACCCCGACAGGCAAAAUCGAACGCUACUUCGAACCCGAUCAUCCCCGUGACAGUCGCGAGAAGGACCGGGUGAACAAUCAGCAAGCCAGACAGCCUCUUACGAAGAACGACCCGAAAAACAUGACUCCUGCCGAGCGAUCUGACCUUGCCAUGCAACUGGAAGAUACUGUUGACGACCUUGCCGAUAAUUUCAUGGCCAACCAUAUGUAUCCUCUCGUCAGGUCGACCUACCCCAGCUACAAUGAAGAAGCUAGAAACAAGCACGAGGCGGUAAACCUCGCUUGCUACGCCUUGUUUCGGAACAUGGCAAAAGUCACCGUCGAACUCCUGGCUGCCGCUGGCUUGCCAACUCCUCCCUAUCCAGUGGACUAG